AUGGAAAGGAGAAUAGGCUUGAACAUAUUCGACCCGGCCUGGACCCGUCUUUUUUAAAUGGCCGCAUCCCACACCGUAGAUCCCGAAUCCAUUGUGGGCGACGACUCUAAUCGCGAUUGGGGAAAGAGGCGGCGUCUUCUCUACGGAACGAGGACGCGGGCUUCGAUGGCGGCGGCGGGAGGUGGCGGAGAAGACCCGGUGGAGGUCCAGAAGAAGGCCAAUCUGGCGAUGAUGGAGCUCUCGAACAUGAUCGCCGUCCCCAUGUCCCUCCACGCCGUCGUCCGCCUCAACGUCCCCGCCGCCAUCUGGCAGUCCGGCACCAACUCCCCCCUCUCCGCCGCCGAGAUCCUCCCCCUCCUCCGCCCCCCACCGCCCCCCUCCACCGACCCCGGCAACCUCCAGCGCCUCCUUCGCCUCCUCGCCAGCCACGGCGUCUUCACCGAGCACCUCUCCCCCUCAGGCGUCCGCCGAUUCUCCCUCACCCCCGUCGGCCAGACCCUCGUCUCCGCCGCGUCCUCCAACGGCGGCGGCGAAGAUGGACCAUCCUAUGCAGCGUACGUCCUGCAGCACCAUCAGGAUGCGUUGGUUCGGGCGUGGCCGCGGCUCCACGAGGCGGUGCUGGACCCGGCUGGGCCGGAGCCAUUUGCGCGGGCCAACGGCGGGACGCCGGCGUACGCCUACUACGGUGGCGACGGAGAGGCGAACGAGCUCAUGCAGCGGGCCAUGUGGGGAGUCUCCAAGCCCUUCAUGGACGCGUUCCUCAACGGCCACGCCGCCGCCUUCGCUGGAGUCCGCACCGUCGUCGACGUCGGCGGAAGCUCUGGCGACUGCCUCCGGGCCAUCAUGCAGCGCGUCCCGACCGUACAACGCGGCGUCAACUUCGACCUACCGGAGGUGGUCGCCAAGGCGCCCAAGUACCCCGGUAUGACUCAUGUUGGUGGUGACAUGUUCAAAGCCAUUCCAGCAGGUGAUGCUAUUUUCAUGAAGUGGGUACUGAUGACAUGGACUGAUGAGGAGUGCAUGCUGAUACUGAAGAACUGCUACAAAGCCCUGCCAGAAAAGGGGAAGGUGAUUGCUUGCGAGCCAGUGCUCCCAGAAGAGACUGACAACAGCCAGAGAACUCGAGCCCUGCUGGAGAAUGACAUCUUUGUCAUGACCAUUUACCGAGUUCAGGGGAGAGGACGCACCGAGGAAGAGUUCCGGCAGAUAGGGCUCUCGGUCGGAUUCUCCAACUUCAAAGCAUUCUAUUCGGACCAUUUCUACACAAUCCUUGAAUUCCAGAAGUAAUGCUUGAUAGAAGGAAGAAGCUGUCUAUGAGAGAACUUAGAUAUGUUGGAAUCUUAUGCUUCAGUAAUUCGCAUGCUUUUGUCUAUCUUGUACUCUACCUCUCGUUAUCUUUCUGUUUGUAGAGACUUCUAUCUCGUAUUUGUAGAGACUUGUGUCUUGUGUUUCCGAGAGAAUGGCUGUCCUAAUUUGUUCGAAGGCAAAAAGGACACGCCAUUCAAGAUAGAUCAAUAACCGGGUCACCAUAUAAGUCUCAAUUGAUGUUAAUCUGUCGGCAGCUUUCAUUGGAGGUGAAUAAGUGACUCUAGUAAAUGAUGAACCUGUUUGGGAUAUCCUCCUGGUAAUUAUAUUCAACACCUUCAUCGAUCA